UGGAGAAAAUUUUAUGAGCGGUCAUUCAUGCAUCCUUAUCUUUCUUAAUUACGUACAUAUUUCGAUCAAGAAGAAGACAAGACGCAACAAGUAGCCAUGGUUGCUUUUAUGAAGCUUCCUUCCUCACUGCUCCAAUAUUUCUUCUUAUUGCUAUCUGUUUUUGUGUGGAAAACAAGUUCAGUUGUGAAACUUCCCCCAAAUGUAUCAGUUCCAGCAGUGUUGGUGUUUGGAGAUUCGAUCAUGGACACAGGCAACAACAACAACAACUUGGUAACAACAGCUCGCUGCAAUUUUCCACCAUAUGGGAUAGAUUUUCCUGGAAGGGUCCCAACCGGUAGAUUUAGUAACGGAAAGGUUCCAUCUGAUCUUAUAGUUGAAGAAUUGGGCAUUAAAGAGUUUCUACCAGCAUACUUGGAUCCAAAUCUCCAACCGGAGGAAUUAGCCACCGGUGUGUGCUUUGCAUCUGGUGGCGCCGGUUACGAUUCAUUGACAUCGCAAACAGCGUCAUGUAUAUCGUUAUCGGGUCAAGUAGACUUGUUCAAAGAAUACAUAGGAAAGUUAAGAGGAGUGGUUGGAGAAGACAGAACGGAGUUCAUCUUGGCCAACAGUAUAUUUAUUGUGGUAUUUGGAAGCAACGACAUUUCCAAUACAUACUUCUUGUCUCGUAUUAGACAACUGCAAUAUGAUCUUCCUGCAUAUACUGAUCUUAUGCUCAGCUCAGCUUCCAAUUUCUUGAAGGAGAUAUAUGAACUAGGGGCACGGAGGAUUGCAGUAUUCAAUGUACCGCCAAUUGGGUGUUUGCCAUUUCAGAGAACUGCAGCAGGAGGAAAAGAGAGAAAAGUUGUAGUAAACUAUAACAACGCAGUACAGUUUUUCAACGCCAAAUUGUCAGAUCAACUCCAUUCUCUUAAUCACAACCUUCCAACUAGCAGGAUCGUCUACAUUGAUGUUUACAGCCCUCUCCUCGACAUCAUUCUAAACUACAAAAAAUAUGGUUAUAAAUUCGGAGACAGAGGGUGCUGUGGCACGGGUACAAUAGAGGUUGUGUUAUUAUGCAACCAUUUAACUCCCUUGUGUUCCAACGACUUGGAGUAUGUGUUUUGGGACAGUUUUCACCCUACUGAAAGCGUUUAUAAGAAGCUCAUAGCACCUAUUCUUAAAAAAUAUUUGAAUGAUUUUUUGUGAGCAGUACUCAUCAAAUUCAUUCUACAAAGUACUAAACAUGUAAUUUACAAGAAUAAACUAUCUGCUUUUCUUGGAAUUACAAAAUUUAGUACGAUAAGUCUCAUGAUCGAACUAUUAGAAUCAAUCUAAUUAGUGAUAAGAGUUGAAGUAGUAUAUACAAAGUUUUAAAAUUGAGUUUUGUUGUCGUUAUUGUACUCUCAACUGAUAUGAUCAAAACUAGUUUGAUGGUUUAAU